CCAAAAAAUUACUAACUUCUGAUGGUUGUCUAAUUGUGGCAAUUGACGAGAACGAACAGGCAGAACUUACGAUGCUAUUGAAAGAAAUUUUUAAAAAUCACGAAAUUCAUGUUAUAGUGGUAGUUCACCACCCAGAAGGAAUACAAGGAACAAAUUUUUCUUAUACCCAUGAAUACGCUAUUUUUGUUAUUCCACGAGGCAAAAAGACGAUUGGAGAAAGAAAAAUCAACGCUGAAAAUGUUAAUUGA